AUGUCGGCCGCCGUCGCGCUCCUCCGCGCCGCGCCCGCGCUCGUCGCGGGCCGGCGUCGCGCGCGCGCGCCCGCUCGCGCCGCCGCGCCCCGCCGCCUCUCGCGCGCUUUCGCGACGCCGCCCGAGUCCGACGCCGAAGCGUCCGCGCGCUCGGGGUUCGGGGGCGUUUCAUCGUCGUCGGGGGGCGCCACGGAGGAAGACGACGUGGACGUCGUCGCCACGGAGGAUCCCGCGCCGACCGCGUCGUCGUCGUCCGAGAUCGAGGAAAAGUACGGCGACGCGCUCGAUAACCCCCUGUUCAACGACGCGUUCAGACAGGCGUUCAUCGAAGCCAGCGAGCGACUGGAAGAGGAGCAAGCGCCGAUGCGCGCGAAGAUCGACGCCGAGGUGGCUGAGAUCAUGGCUCGCGUGCACGCCGAGCGCGAGGCGGAGGCUCGCGGCGAGCCGUUCGACGCCGCGGCGUACAUCGCGAACGCGGAGAAGAACGUGGCGAACGCGAACGCGCUCGAGGCGCAGCUUCCGAAGGACGACGCGCCGCCGACGCCGCCGCCGCCGACGACGACGACGGAGACGACGACGAGCGCGGACGUCGGCGAGCUCCGCGCCAUGCGCGACGCGUCGAGCAGGCAGCUGCGGCAGCUGCAAAACGUGCUCCAGGCGAUGGAGAGCAGCGUGAUGAACGAGCGUCUGCAGCUCGAGAAGAUCGAGCUGCUCAUCAGGAGGGCGGAGCGCGAGGCGAGAUCCGACGACGCCCUCGUCGACGACGACGACGACGACGCGUCGUUCGCGCCGUGCACGUGGCGACGGCUCGACAUCGACUGGGGACGGCGGCACCUCCAGGUCGUCUUCGUGGACGACGCGCACGGCGUCCUCGCGCGCGGCGCCGAGGGCCUGUGCCAGACGAUCGCGAAGUGGGCGGGCGCGGGGCACAUGAUCUUCCCGGAGUCCGCGGGUCUCGACGUGCGCGCGCCGACGACGACGGAUGCGGACGGCGUCGGCACCCGCACUCCUACGGCGUCGGACGAGGACCCCGCGGACGCCGCGAUGCGACGCCUCUCGAGGCUGUCGUCCGUCUGCGACCACCCGCGGUACGCGUUCAAGCCGCCGUACGCGUUCACGGACGCGGACGGCGCGUGCGCGGACCUGGUGAUCGCCCUCGGCGGCGCGCGCGUCGAGACCGCGGCGGCGAGGGCGGCGCCGAGCGCGGGCGCGGUGUGCGACCUGUGGUCGUUUUCAGAGUUCGCGGCGCGCGACGAAGGCGCGUCCGUCCGAAUCACAGCACGGGCACCCACGCGACCGCGCGCGCGCGGCGCGCGGCUGACCGGCACGGGCGCCGCGGCGAUCGUCCCGCGCGCGCUCGCGACCGAGGUCAUCGCGCCCGUGAUCGACGACGCGAUGCGCUUGAGCCUCGGCGAGGAGUGGGGGAUCGACGACGACGGCGGCGGCGCGGGGGACGACGACGCGCGAGAGAGGGAAAUUCGAAUCGCGCUCGCGAGAACCGCCGUCGGCGUGGCGGGUCUGGUGACGUUUUUGAUCGCGACGUCGCCGAUAGAGGAGGUGGAGCGCGUCACGAAGCGGUGA